GCUUUGUUUGUGUGCUGGCUGUUGGUGGUGGUGAGAUCGCUCGCGCUGUGCUUAUUUGUCGUGUAUCCUGUGCGCUCUGAAGCGUGCUGUGUUGGACUCGCUCGAAGAGCCAGUGCGGGGGCCCGCAGGACCGCUUCGUGUCUCAGUCGCACCAAGCCGUCGGUUCGCGGGCCUGUCACGAAUAGGCGCCGUUAGCCUCCGAGGGCGAGAGCUAUAAAAAAAGGAGUCCGAUAGCUGCGGGACGACCGUGAACUGCGAGCAGCCUCCGUCCGCCAUGUGUGACUAACGCCAGCACCCUCAGCCAGCCUAGGGAUCCGAAGCGGCCGCUGGGUAUGGCACUUGGAUCUCCGCAGAACAGCAGCAGACCAGCGUGCAACGCGAGUGCCGUGACGUCACCGCCGACGGGCAGCCUCAACCAGCUGACUGCUGUUGUCCUCGUCGUUGACUCGGGCUGCAGCGUACCGUCGUUGUGGCCUGUUGGGCGUCAGUGCUAGCGACGACGACCCUCGCUUCUUGCUCGUCCGGCUGGUGCUCCAGCUCGCUGGGGUCGGGGCUGGGGACGUAAACGUUUCUCCUGCGCCGUGUGCGCCCUGCGUCGUGGUUUCGCAUACGCCACUGCGCUGCCCAGGCACGCCGAGGUCUCAGCGGACGGGCCCGUUCGCGAGAUCGCGCCGUCGUCCCGAAACUUGCGCGUCUGCUCGAGCGCGCGCGCGCGCGUGUGUGUGUGUGCAUGUGUGUGGUCUCCGUGUGUUGAACGUCGUCGUGUUCGCACUUGGAAGGGGCUGCCGAGACUGACGCAAAUCGGAGUUGAGGGAAGCGUGAAGGCAGCGUGAGAGUCGAGGUUGAAAAAAAAAAAAAAAAAAAAGUCCUCAACGAGCCAACGAGAAGCGGUCGAGGCGAGGAGGACGGUAGAGAAAGAGAGAGAGUGUGUGCUUGGGAAAUUUCGACGUGCGCUUUCCCAACGAAGCGCUUUUUUGCUCGCUUGCCUAGCGUUUCCGCGCCCGUCGGGGGGAAGGGGGUCGGAGGACCCGGGGCGUGGGUCGGAGGCGUUGGUGAGCGAAAGCAACGGACGGAGCCAAAAAGGAAAACAAAAACAAACAAAAGACAGGAGCCUCCUCGCACAAGCAAAGCAACCAAACAACGAAAACACUUUCACCAAAACAAAGGGGCAAGCCCGUUCAGCGAGCAUCAAGGCUGGCAUCGUGCGCGAAGACGCAGGAGGACGGCGAAGGAUCGUCUCCGCCGCGCAAGAAGCAGCGGGUUGCGCCGGCAGUGAUGCAAGCGACGAACGGCUGCUACACUCUGCAAAAUGGAGACGAGACCAGCGCGUCCUCAACCGUGGCCGAGAAGGCGGCGACCGUCGCCGCCUCGGCCACCGCCGUCAACAAGAACAUCAUCGGCUCGCGCACCGAGCAGGACAUCAUCCGCCUCAUCGGCCAGCACCUCCGGGGGCUCGGGCUCAACCGGACAGCAGAACAGCUCAUCCAGGAGUCUGGCUGUGGCUUGGACCAUCCCGCUGCUGCGAAAUUCCAGACGCACGUCCUGGAGGGAGACUGGGCGAAGGCGGAGGCCGAUCUCAGUGAACUGAAGGUGCUACUUGAAUCACCCCAAGCAUAUGUGGAGAUGCUGUUCCUGGUGCUGGAGCAGAAGUACCUGGAGUACCUGGAGGAAGGACGGUUGCUCGAGGCGCUCCAGUGUCUCCGCCAUGGACUCUCCCCACUCCGGCACAACACGGAGCGAGUCCAUGAGCUCUCCAGCUACAUGAUGUGUGGCAGCGCGGAAGAGCUUCGGUCCAUGUCCAACUGGGAAGGCAAGACCCACACGUCGCGGCAGAAGCUCAUGGAGAAACUCCAGAGUGUGUGCGCAGGUUUUCUGCCGGCGAACGUGAUGCUCCCUCCACGGCGCCUGCGGGCGCUGUUGGGCCAGGCGGUGGAGCUGCAGCGGGACCGCUGCACGUACCACAACGAGCCCACGCACCUCCGCAGCGACCCGUCCUUCAUUUUGGACGACAACUGCUGCCUCCUCACCGACCACGUCUGCUCCCGGGAGCAGUUUCCCUGCCGCACCAUUCAGAUUCUCAAUGACCACUGUGAUGAGGUGUGGUACUGCCGAUUCUCCCAUUCCGGUGAACUUCUCGCUACGGGAUCCAAGGACUCCACUGUCAAGAUCUGGGAGGUCAAUCCGACGACGCUGACCCUUUCCCUGAAGCGAACAUUGGAAGGCCAUCCAUACGGUGCUUCCUAUGCCGCCUGGAGUCCUGACGACACAAUGCUGCUGGUUUGUGGGCCUGAGGACGGUGCGGAUGUGUGGCUGUGGAACGUUCAGUCGGGCGAGCUGCGAGUGAAGAUGACCAACCAACCUGAAGACAGCAUCACGUCAUGCGCGUGGCACCGCGACGGAAAGAAGUUUGUCUCGGGCGGUAUCCGUGGACAGUUUUACCAAUGUGACCUGGACGGCAACGUCCUGGACUCGUGGGAAGGUGUUCGGGUACAGGGCCUGCACUGCCGUAAGGACGGGCGCACGGUGUUGGCCGCCGACUCCCACCACCGAAUCCGGGGAUACGUCUUUGAUGAUCUCACCGAUUUCAAUGUGGUCCAGGAGGAACAUCCCAUUAUAUCAUUUACGGUUGACGACACGGGGCGGCUUGCUUUGCUCAACCUUUCCUCACAGGUUCGCCGUGAAGAAAUGCUCCCUCCUGCGCAGGGUGUACACAUGUGGGACCUGGACGACAAGGUGCUGGUGCGGAAAUUCCAGGGUGUCACGCAGGGUUACUACACCAUCCGGUCGUGCUUUGGCGGCGUCAACCAGACGUUCGUUGCCAGCGGGAGUGAAGACAACAAGGUGUACAUCUGGCACGUCAAGUGGGAGAAGCCAAUCGCCGUGCUGCAGGGCCACUCGCGGUCAGUGAACUGCGUCAGCUGGAACCCGGCCUGCCCGUCGAUGCUGGUCAGCGUCUCGGACGACUGCACUAUCCGCGUCUGGGGCCCCGCAGCUGCCGUACCCACCAACCUGCCCAACGCGUCACCCAGCUCCCAGUCGGGUGAGAUGGGCGAGGGGUCUCCCUACUCCAACGGCAGCAGCAAUGGUGUCUGUGACGGCGAUGGCAACUCGGUCGUCUAGCGUCACGCCACCUUUUCUUAUCUUCUAAGGGACUUUAAUCAAUCCAUGUUUCAUAGCAUUGUGCGGAGAGGGAGAAAGAGAAAUGGAAUGUGAGAAAAGGCUGUCUGGAUCGCGCUGCCGCACAGUGUGUCGACGGUUACGCCCAUGCGCUUUGUCAGCCAGGCGCAAGUGUGCUGGGAAUCGCCGAAGACAUCCAGCCUGCAGAUCGCCGUCAAGUGCGCCGAGGGGUGACGGCACGCGCGCGCUCUCCGUUUCUGGCUCGACUUGGCUCCGAAGCUGUCCAGGCAGCGGAAUGCGCACACGACGUCUGUCGCUUAAUAUGCACGCGGCUUUAGUUUUGAGGCUCGACCCGGCUGCAGAUGUCUAGGCUCUUAGAUGUCUGGGAAGUGUUGCCGAGCUUAGCAGACGAAGUCGGCUGCGCUGUUAGAGGCUCAGUCGGCUGGUUGCAUAACGUUGGCUAGUGAAUGCCGUGCGUGUGAUUUCGAAGGCUCGUCAUUUUUUUUUUUCCUUUUCUCCUUCAAGGUUUUGCACGUGGGGAGAGAAUGAGAGAGUUCUGUUCGAUGUGUUGCAAAACCCAUUUUUAAAAUUUCGUGGUCAAUUUGCGAUUGCGCAUGCCAUGUGCUUCAUAUUGGAAAUUGCUGUUCUGUCGCGCGCUCGUGUUGGGGGCGCACUUUAAACCAUCAGUUGUUAAAACUGAAAAUUUUUGUUUAUUGGCUGGCAGUACAGUUUUCGUCAAUGUCAUUGUACGUUCUCAACGUGUGUAGACGGCUGUCGCGCCGUAAGGUAGACUCGUACCUUGCGGAGGUGUAUUCAGUGUUGUGAUAUUGCGCUGAAAACCCGCACUGCCACUGCUUUUACAUGCUGUAACCUUGUGCUGUAUUGAGCAAUGGUUGAGCAUGUUUGACAGUUCUUCGAAAAAAAAAAAAAAAAACUAUGCCUAAGUCGGAGCAACUAGGUUUCAAACGAAAAUUAUAACUGUGCCCAUGUGGGCAUCGUAUGUUGCAUUGGUACAUCUGGCUUUAAUGUUUGUCGUUCCUGUUCAGAUGGGCCUAUUAAUGUACGAGACUUGACGUUGCAAAGAACACACUGAAACAGCUGUUUACGGGCUAUAGCAUGCUCAGACGUGUAGCGGAUUGCAUGAAUGUACGAGUUUUGACUUUCGUCAUAGAGGAACUGGCAGCGAAAUACACAUCGCCGUGAGCAAUGUAGUCGAUACGAUGGGGACGCCCAAAGGAUUUAAGGCUGUUUUUGAGCAAAUAAAGUGUUGGAGAUGGAAUUGCAUGCAUUUUUUUUUUCUCGCUUGGUGGCGUUAAUGAGGUUUGAAAUGAGGUAGUUUUCUCUAGCGUAGGAAGCUCAGUCUGCAGUUUAUAUUGAAAGUGACCUGCGUGCCGCAUACAACAAUGUAAAUACCGACCGCACGAGUGUUUUGAGAGCAUGAAUGCCUCGAUCACCUGGAAAACACACAGGGGAAAGAAAUUACUGUGACCCAAGAUGCAAGUCUCGACAUGGCGGGACCCUUAAAAGAAAAAAAAAAAUUGGGUGCAUGACUUAGACUCGAAUACAGGAAAUGUAACAAAUUAGAAUUCCUUCUUUCUGUGUGUGUGUGUGUGUUAAGUGCGUAUGUUGUGAGCGUGCUGUAAUAACAUUUCCAGCAUUAACCUUUUUUUUUCCGCUCCCACUGUUGCCAACCCAGUAGAAGACGCAUAUUCUCUAGAGAGCAGAUACGGGGGCAAAAAAAGAUUUUUUUUUUUAAAGUUCACACGUUUCGUUUAAGCUUUUGGCAUUACGUUCUCACAUGGUCAUGUAACCGUGAGUAAAAGCCUUUCAAAAGUUGGGCACUUCCUUUUUUUUUUUUAGAAUUUUGCCGUGAACACGUAGUGGUGGUCAUGUUGAUGAUUAUGGCCAAACUUUGCCCAUUGCCCCCUUUCACUUGUUUGUUUGCUGUGUUGUGCUGUUUCUGCUGUUGCUUUUGUUGUUAAACGGUGUCCUGCUUGCCACCAUUAAUGAAAUACAGUCGAACUUCAAUAUAACGAAGACAGAUAUAACUAAAUAUAUUAAGCAUGUAGCAAAUACAUGCUUAUAACAAAUAUUGGACAUAACGAAGGUAUUUUCAUGCUGGAUGGAACUUUGUUGUACUGAGGCUUGGCUGUUACACCAAUGCAUCACCUUGUCAAGCCUGGCUUGUGCACUUUUGCAUGCACAAACAAGUGAUAAUUGGUUUAGCCACACUUGGCAAUCAGAUAUUUUUUUUUUUUUGAAAGGACAGGUACAUCUACAAUUGGUGUGUACAGUUUGCUCGCAGUAAUUCAAACUGCUCAGGAGUGCAGCAACUUGUGUUCAGUUUGAUUCUAAAAACUGAGCCGUUUGGUUGCUUAGCUUAUAUAAUCUGACGUAUUCGUAGUACAGAUAACAAACGGGGAACAAGAAGCGAACAGGAUACAGUUGUGAACAUAAACUGGUGAAAAUGUAUUGCUGGGAUACCAGUUGGUUUGUCAUGGCUGCAAACGAUGCCAGGGAACACGAAGAACAAGCGAGGCCAAGGACAAGCAGGGAUUUACAGUAGUCUCGGUCUCCUUGCUUGUCCUCCGUGUUCUGUAGCUCCAUUUGCAAACGUAGGCUGGUUCACUGCAGUGCGACAACAGCCUUGGCCACAAAAUCAAAAGAUGUCAAACCACUCGUGGCUUGCACUUGAUGUGUGGCCACUGGUAUUUAAAAAAAAGGAAUGUGGAUGAAUAAUAGGAGAGGCGUGCAAACAACUUCUCAAGUUACGUUUGACUGCAGGAACUAUUACAGCCUUAAUGUUUCUGGUUAUAUUGCAACGACACAUGUUGCUUCAAAAACUAGCAAUAAUGCUGGGUUCAGCAGAAUCAUCAGAACUUGGUACACUUCUCUCAGGAAAGUCAUUUAACACACGAUAAAUAAUUUUGCUUUAUUAUGCAGAGCCCUAUAAUAAAUGUGCACACAGACCAGUGAAAACAGUGAAAACAUGUUUAUCGGGCAGCAGCUCUUGUAUGUUUUGAAAUGGUUACCACUUCUGUCAACAAGAAAUCUUCGGACAGCUGCAUCGAUGACCCAUACCUUGAUUAUCCAAUGGUAUUAAUUUUUGAAAGUGCUGUGGAAGCCUUUUGCUUCAAUGCUGUUUGACUGGGAAAGAGAAUUUUCCAUAAAAAAGUGUAGUUUGUAUUUGAAACAAUCCAAGAGCGUGUUGAGGAGGUAUUGGGCCAAGAAACUAGCGAUGAUUCCUCUAAUUUCCAUAAUUCUUUUAAUUAACUGUGAUAACAGGUUGAGUUAUUGCGAGUUCUCUGUAUGUCACUUGUUGUUUGACUGCAAUAGCCGGCGACCACAUGCCUGUCAGCUUUGUGUACGUUUUUGUCGAGUCCCCAAUUUGGACCAUUUUUUUUUGUCUGCCUGCUUGAUUAUUGCCAGCUCUCUGUGAGAGCAGAUAAGCAAAUUUGACUGCUGAUUUUUUCGUUUGUGCAAAUAUAUUUUAAUGCUUUUAGAAGAAAAAAAAAAUGAAACGAAUGUGUUGUGUGUUGUCUUGCUUGCCUUUUCCCACACUGACAUGCUCAAUAAAGCUCAUCAUCACCGUGAUGUGCAAAAAUGAAUUAAGCGGAAGCUUUAGCUCGGGACCAGAGCAAAAAUUCACAAAGAUGAAAUGCAGAAUUACCUUCGUGCAGUAACUGCAGAACCGAUUCAGAUGAAACGUGUUGCAUUUAAGAGAGAGGGCUCAAUUCUGCCGACUCUAGGAAGCCCAGUUUUGAUUUGGAGCAUCUUGGUUUUUUACAAGAGAGGUCGAGAAAUGUUGUUUUAUAGGAAGUUUAAGCACAACUAUUUACGAAUCCGUAACUCUAUAUGAAAGACAUUAGUACUUCUGUAAACUCCUUGCACUGCAGCAUUUCGAGCGGACAAAUGCGACAUAAGAGUUUAGGUUGACAUGAGGCAGUUACAAUGCCUGCAGGGCAUUUGAAGAUGACAAACUUGCAAAUUCCUAGUAGUGGUAUAUUGCAGGGCACUGAUUAAAAUACAUCGGUUUUAUUCA